UCCAAACUUUAGUCAAGCCCAUCUCUCUCUUUUGCAGACUUUGAUUGUUUACUCCAUCAUUCUUCAUUUUUUCCCUUUUUUUUUUUAUUGCAGAUUAAGUUUUCCUUUGAGAACACAGACAGGGAUCACCACAGACACUAAGCUGAGAAUCUUUGAUGGGGCAUCUGGGUUUCUUCCUGAUGAACAUUAGUAUCUAAAGACUGUAGGAAUUGGAGCCAUGAGAAAUCUUGUCUCUCUGUUUUUCUUUAUUUUGGGGCUGCAACUAUAUGGAGAUUUGAGCUUCUCAUUUGCUCAAUCAGAAUCCCUAGGGUUUGGGGUCAUUGAAGCUGAAUCUAGAGAUGAGUCCACCAACGAAACUCCGAGUUACAAUUAUGAAAGAUUUGAUGAGGUGGAGAAGAAGUGCAAAUUUGUUCUGUCUUCUGCUUCUGAGUUGAGCUCUGAUACUUCUAGGUUUCUUAGAAUGAAGGAACAGCUCCAAUUUGUGAAUGGAGAUUGGAGGCAAGAUGAGGGAAAGUAUCCACUAAUGCCUUUUAAUAAUGGAAGUUAUGUGUUUUCAAAAAGGAGGUACUAUAUGGAUCAUGUAAAUGGCUCUGCAAGUGUUGAGACCAGCCCUUUGAAAUUGAUUUCCUUUUGGGUUAUGGACAUCGAUCCUGCCCAUCAAACUAAGAAGUCUGUUAGUGUUAGUGGGUUAUUGUCAAUGGGCAUAACUUUGGAUGGUACUUUUGAGCAAUGGUCCUCUGAACAUCCUCGCUUUCAGUUUUGGCCUGGCCGUUCCGAGCUCUCGUUGCCUUUUCAAGGAAUCUAUACCGAAUCCAAGAAGAAUGGUGGGGAAAGAGUGCUGUGUUUGUUGGGUUCUGGGUUGUUACCUUCCCGGGAUCAGGAGUCUGAUGACCCGUGGAGUUGGGCCAAGGAUUCGAAUGUGAAUCGUCACCAAAUGCCACUUCUCCAAGACGAUCAAAUUCUACUUGUUCUGCGGUUUCCAAUGAAAUUUACGUUGACAAGUCGGGUAAUUCAAGGUGAAUUGAGAAGUUUGAACCCCAAGUCGAACCUGAAGUACUUCGACAACAUUCACAUUUUGUCUCAACUGGGAGGUGUGCACUACGACUUUGUAUCCGAGAAAUCUGUAAAAAAAGCUUGUGCUCCAUACCCUUACAAUGAUAGCUUGAUGAAGAAAAAUAUUAGUAUGUAUAGAGGUUCUUCUUUUUGCAGGGUCUUGCAAGAAAUGACCAGAGAACAAGCUUUCACAGUCCUCCCAAACUGGAGAUGCAACUCUACAGAUGUUUUUUGUCGGAAAUUGGGUCCAUUUGUAUCAGAUAAAGAGAUCAAUAGAACAGAUGGAAGUUUUAAGAAUGUCAAGAUUUAUAUGCAGGAUGUGACAUGUAAGAUACAGGGCUCUAACAAAAACGACAUUUCUGCUAGUGUUUCAGCUGUUUUCAGGGCCGUUUCGCCAUCGGAGAAUCUCUAUUCCGCAUGGAGAAGAUCUGCGCUUAAUAACAUGACAAUGGUGUCUGAGGGAAUGUGGAAGUCUUCCAGUGGGCAACUUUGUAUGGUUGGUUGUCUUGGACUUGUUAAUGGUGAGAAGAUCUCCUGUGACUCUAGGAUUUGCCUGUAUAUACCUAUCUCGUUUACCCUAAAACAACGGAGUAUUCUUGUCGGUUCUAUUUCGAGCAUUAAUGAUAAGCCAACAUACUUCCCUUUGUCAUUUGAAAAGUUAUUUCAGCCUAUGGAGUUGUGGAGUCAUUUCAGUGACUCCCAUCCAUUUUACAGCUAUACAAAAAUUGCAUUAGCUGGUGCUGUGCUUGAGAGAAACGAGGCUUUCAGUUUUGGAUCCGUCAUAAAGAAGUCAUUGCUGCGUUAUCCGAAACUGGAAGACACAGAAUCAUAUGAAUUCAGCGAGUCUCUUCUCUCAGAGGAUCUCACCCUUCAUGUCCCUGCACUUCUCAAUCCAGCAGCUGGUUCUCGAACUUCCAGAAUUGAUGUUCAAUUGGAUAUCAUCUCUGUUGGUUCCUUUUUUGGUCGAUAUUGGUCGGGGCUAAACGGAUCUAUCUCGGAUGUGGAAACUCCUUAUCAUUCUAGGCCUGAAUACACUGAAAAGCAGCUUCUCUUGAAUGUAUCUGCACAACUCUCGCUACUCGAUCAGAUGUAUAGCAAUUUUUCUGCGCUUUUCUUGGAGGGGAUUUAUGAUCCACAUGUUGGACACAUGUAUCUAGUUGGUUGCAGAGACGUUCGGGCGUCAUGGAAAGUUUUGUUCGAUAGCAUGGAUCUCGAAGAUGGCUUGGAUUGUCAAAUUGAGGUGGUUGUCUCCUAUCCUCCCACUACAGCUCAGUGGUUAGUCAAUCCAACUGCAAAGAUUUCGAUUUCCAGCCGACGAACGGAGGAUGACCCUUUCUACUUCAGCCCCAUAAAACUUGAAACAAUGCCGACCAUGUACAGGAGGCAGCGACAGGAUAUUCUUUCUCGUAAGAGCGUAGAGGGUAUGCUCCGAAUAUUGACACUCUCGCUGGCAAUUGCUUGCAUCUCGAGCCAAAUACUUUAUAUAAACCGUAAUCUGGAGUCUGUUCCAUACACAUCUCUCAUUAUGCUGGGAGUUCAAUCCCUUGGUUAUACUCUCCCACUUGUCACAGGUGCAGAAGCUGUCUUCAAGCGGCGAGGAGGUCCCGAAUCUUACAAUGACAACUCGUAUGAUCUUGAAGAUAACCUUUGGUUUCUUGUGAUCGAUUACAUAGUGAAGCUUCUAAUAGUGAUCUCACUGCUAUUGACUUUAAGGCUUUUCCAGAAGGUUUGGAAAUCUCGGAUCAGGUUACUUCGACAAGCUCCUCUCGAACCGCACCGCGUUCCCAGUGAUAAAUGGGUGCUUAUUGCUACCUUGUUUAUACAUCUCAUCGGUUACGUGGCCGUUCUCAUUGUUCGUGCUUCAAGGACAGCCGAAAUCCGGGUAGUGAGUGACAUGGUACCUAGCGUAAGUCCAAGUUCCCACAUGAUGCAGGGAUGGAAAAGAGACCUACAAGAGUAUGUGGGACUUGUUCAAGAUUUCUUCUUACUUCCUCAAAUCAUUGGGAACUUGUUAUGGCAAAUUGAUUGCAGACCUCUCAGGAAGUUCUAUUUCAUUGGAAUCACACUGGUCAGACUUCUCCCACACUUCUAUGAUUUCAUAAGAGCUCCCACUGUAAAUCCUUACUUUGUUCAAGAGUAUGACUUUGUGAACCCAAGCAUGGACUUCUACUCUAGAUUUGGGGAUGUUUUCAUCCCUUUGAUUGCAUUUAUCCUCGCGGUUGUCGUCUACAUUCAGCAGCGAUGGAACUACGAGAAGCUCAGCCAGGCUCUCGUCGUCGGACGGGUUAGGCUUCUUCCAAGUGCUUCCAGAAUUUAUCAGAGGUUGCCUUCCAAGUCAUAUGAAGCAGAAGCUGAACUUGCUUCUGCUGAAAAUGGCAACACCAAACGUGAAGAUGUAGAUUGACGCUGAACCGAUUUACGAUCCUUGUCGACAUCAAAGUUGUUUUUAACAGGCAAUGAAAUCAGAGUUCGUUGCUGUAAUUUUUCCCCUUUUUUUAGAGUAAAAAUGGUGUUGUUUACUACACAAUUUCCACCUGUUUACUGUACGUGGAUGUUUUUGUACCAAAUAAAACACUCAGAAGCCUCAUUUGAGGAUCUCUGAAGUAAGGUAUUAAAUAGAUCUCAUGAGGAUUAGUCUUUUGUUUU